GAGCUCGCCAACUGGACCCUCCCGAUGUUGAAAAAAUCCACUGCUUUGCUACAUCACUGUUUCCGCGCGCCGCCCGAUGUCCUCCGUCCUCCCUCCCUCUGCUUCCUUACCCAAGGGAGCAAUCGACCCGAAACCCAUCCGACGCUCACGAAUCCAUACCAGACCCACCUCCCUUCAAUCACCAAACCUUCAUCUCGUCUCUUUGAGUUUCUUCGUACACAAAAACCCCAACUCGUUUUUCACACACAAUAUUCAAUCUUGGAAUGCCUCCACUGCUUUCCGCCGCGUUCUUUCUCUUCCCCGACCUAAGGUGUCGUCCGAAGAUGCCCAAUUCAACUCGAUUCCUGGGGACAAGCAGGUUCCGCAUCGGCAGCAGCCGAAUUUCGCUGAGUUCAUCACUUCGGAGAGAGUCAUGGUGGCGAUGCUUGCUUUAGCUCUGGCGCUUUGCAAUGCUGAUCGUGUAGUUAUGUCGGUGGCCAUCGUGCCUUUGUCGCUUGCUAACGGGUGGAGCCGCUCGUUCUCUGGAAUUGUUCAGUCAGCUUUCCUGUGGGGCUAUCUGGUUUCACCUAUAGCCGGAGGAGUAUUAGUGGAUAACUUUGGUGGCAAAGUGGUCAUGGCCUGGGGUGUGGCUCUGUGGUCGCUGGCUACUUUUCUUACUCCGUGGGCUGCAGAGACUUCCUUGUGGGCACUGCUUGCCGUUCGUGCUUUGCUUGGCAUGGCGGAAGGAGUGGCUCUUCCUUCCAUGAAUAACAUGGUGGCGAGGUGGUUUCCUCAAACAGAAAGGUCAAGAGCUGUUGGAAUUGCAAUGGCUGGGUUUCAGAUUGGGUCUGCAAUAGGGCUUACGCUUUCCCCAAUCCUUAUGUCAAAAGGUGGUAUAUUUGGACCAUUUGUAAUUUUUGGAUUGUCAGGGUUUCUUUGGGUUCUGGUGUGGUUAUCAGCAACAUCAAGCACUCCAGAUCGAAGUCCUCAGAUAUCAAAAUAUGAGUUGGAGUAUAUAUUGAAUAAAAGGAAAAAAUCCUUUGCUGUGGAGACAAUAAAACCUAGUGGAAGUAAAGUUAAAGUGAGCCCACCUUUCAGGCGCUUGCUUUCAAAGCUACCAACAUGGGCCUUGCUUGUUGCAAAUGGCAUGCACAGCUGGGGAUUUUUUGUUUUUCUUUCCUGGAUGCCCAUAUACUUCAGCUCAGUAUAUCGUGUGGAUCUCAGACAUGCAGCAUGGUUUAGUGCUGUUCCAUGGGUUCUGAUGGCUAUCAUGAAUUACGUGGCUGGCUUUUGGGCAGAUAUGAUGAUACAAAGUGGUCUAAGUGUCACUUUGACUCGCAAGAUCAUGCAAUCCAUUGGCUUUGUUGGUCCUGGAAUAUGUCUCAUCAGUUUGGUAACGGCCAAAAUUCCAUCAAUUGCUUCUGCCUGGCUUACUUUAGCAUUUGGCUUGAAAUCUUUCAGCCACUUUGGUUUCCUAGUGAACAUUCAGGAGAUUGCACCACAAUAUUCUGGCGUUCUACACGGAAUGGCACUCACUGCUGGAACAUUGGCUGCUAUAAUUGGCACAGUUGGAACUGGUUUUUUUGUUGAUAUUAUUGGGUCUUUCCAAGGAUUUCUUUGCUUACAUCACUCCUUUAUUUUCUUUCUGCUCUUUUCUACAACCUCUUCUCUACUGGGGAUAAAGUAAUUUUUGAUGAACCUGUCGUUUGAUGUAUAUGGAACUGCUACGCUUACAGUACAGUGUCUUGUGUACAAAGGAGUACAAGAAUCUUGUCGUGUGGAAGAAGCUGACCUAUUGUCGUUUGUAAAUUCAAUGCCUUGUAUAUCAUCUAUCUGGGGUCCUCUGGUCCUCUGCUUCAGGUGCAUCUGGAGUACAAGGGUUUCCCUGAUAUGGAGAAUAUAUUGAAGUGACCAAGCAAAAAGAGAAAGGAAAGAAGAAAGAAAGUGUAGAAGAUGAUAAUGGUGCUGAGUUGGUUUGCUUGGCUGAAGGAUUUUAGUUACAAAUGAAUCAGCAAGUCGAUAAAGAGAUGGUGGAUCAUGAUAAGUUGCGCAAGCAACUUGUUAGUUGCCUAAUCCUUUUACAAGAAAGAAGAGAGAACUUUUACGUUAAACUUAGAAGCUAAUAAUCCAAAUUCUAAUAAAAAUAAAUAAAUUUAAGGAGAAAACAGAUUUGCAAAUGUAUUUAAUCGGAAGGUGAUUGUUUUGUUUCUUUUUAUGCCCAGCUUCAAUCUCAACCUUUCAGCAUUUAUAUGGUAAGUGUAUAAUGUGUUGUGCUA